AUGUCAUCAGAAGGUCUUGGAGGAUGGUCGGAGACCUUGCCUUGCCUACAUAUCCAAGAAAUUGCUAACAAGGUGAAGCCACAGCUGGAAGAGAAAGACAAGAAGCCAUAUCCAGUCUUUGUAGCCAUACAAUAUAGAACUCAGUUGGUUGCUGGAACAAACUACUUAAUUAAGGUCUCUGUCAGCAACAGCAAUGAUGAGUGUGUACACUUGAGGGUGUUCCAAAGCCUUCCUCAUCAGAAAGAGGAGCCCAGUCUUAUCCGCUAUGAGACUGGCAAAACCAGAGAUGAUCCAUUGGAGCCAUUUUGA